AUGUCACCUGCUCUGGAGGUCGCCGAGUCGCAAUGGCUCGCCCAGCUGGCCGAGAUGCGUGCCGCCAUCGCGGACCUCAAGCUUCCUCAACAGAACGGCGAUGCACCCGCUUACGGCGCCGACAUGGACAUCGAUGAUGAGGAACUUUCCGGCACCGCGAGCGGCGACGACAUCUGGGAUCUCAUCAGCGAUGAGGAGAGCGCUGACUACAGCAGCGACCAACUGGAUGGUGCCGAUGCUGUUACCACUGACGCUGCCGCCCCUGCACCGCUGUACAGCCAGAGCUGGCUCAGUCAGCAGUGUGCCCAGGUGGCUCAGCGCAGCUCUGGGCUGGACGCCCAAUCCCUCCAGGACCAGAUCAUAGCUCUCUUAAGUUCUGAUAGCAGUGAUGAGGAGCUCCAAAUGAUGCUCGCCGACGUUGUCGGCUACGGUGAGCUCGACCUGGUCGCUGACCUCAUCAGUAACCGCAAGAAGGUCAUCAAGUCCGCCCAGGCUGAACAGCAGAGGAGUGGCGUCCUGGGCCGUCUACAGUCCAAGCAGGACCGUGAGGAAGCUCUGAGGAGGCAGGACUAUGAGCAUAAGAACGCCACACUUGCAGAAAGUGUCAAGCGAGGCGGCGAACAGUAUCCUCAUGUGUACAAAUCACACGACUCUGGCAACACUUUAUCAGGCUCUGGCAAGAAGUAUGCUCUUCCUCUCGGUUCUACGAGGGAGGACAACGACAAGUUUGAGGAGUACUCGAUCCCGGCCGCUCGCGUUGGGACACUGGGGGCUGGGCGGAAGCUGGUCAAAAUUAGCGAUCUGGAUGGGCUCUGCAGACGGACUUUCAAGGGCUACCAGACCCUUAAUCGCAUGCAGAGCUUGGUUUACCAAGUUGCAUACAGGACCAGCGAGAACAUGCUUAUUUGCGCUCCUACUGGUGCUGGUAAAACUGAUGCUGCAAUGCUCGCCAUCCUCAAUACCGUCGCCAAAAACAUCAUCCCCAGUCCCUGGGAGGAGCCCGAGGCCACCGACUUUGUCGUCCAGACCGAUGAUUUCAAGAUCGUCUAUGUUGCACCCAUGAAGGCCUUGGCUGCUGAAAUUGUCGAGAAACUUGGGAAGCGGCUCGCCUGGUUGGGAAUCCAGGUUCGUGAACUUACCGGAGAUAUGCAUCUCACCAAAGCGGAAAUCGUAGCCACUCAGAUCAUCGUGACGACCCCAGAGAAGUGGGAUGUCGUUACACGCAAGAGCACUGGCGAUACCGAGCUGGUUCAAAAGGUUCGCUUGCUCAUCAUCGACGAGGUCCACAUGCUGCACGAUGAGCGUGGUGCUGUCCUGGAGUCUCUUGUGGCUCGCACCCAGCGCCAAGUUGAGAGCACGCAGUCGCUCAUCCGCAUUGUCGGCUUGUCCGCCACGCUUCCGAACUACAUUGAUGUUUCCGAUUUCCUCAAGGUCAACCGCAUGGCUGGGCUGUUUUAUUUUGACGCUUCUUUCCGACCCGUUCCGCUCGAGCAGCAUUUCAUAGGAGUGAAAGGUAAGGCGGGUACCGCCAAAUCUAGAGAGAAUAUCGACCAAGUGGCUUUCGAAAAAGUCAAAGCUAUGCUCCAACAAGGCCAUCAAAUCAUGGUGUUCGUCCAUUCCCGCAAGGAUACUUACAAGUCCGCCAAAACUCUUUAUGAAAAGGCCAUGGAAGACGCGUCUACCGAUUUGUUCGACCCAACUGGCCACCCGAAUUACGACCUGGCUGUGCGUGACAUGAAAUCCUCGAAAGGCCGGGAGCUGCGUGAGCUGCUGCCUAAGGGAAUGGGAACGCACCAUGCCGGUAUGCCAAGGUCUGAUCGGAACUUGAUUGAGCGCCUCUUUGCCGACGGAGUUAUCAAGGUUCUCUGCUGUACUGCCACGCUUGCAUGGGGUGUCAACUUGCCGGCAGCCGCUGUCAUUAUCAAGGGAACGCAGCUCUACAGUGCUCAGGAGGGUAAAUUUGUUGAUGUCGGUAUUCUCGACGUCCUGCAGAUCUUCGGUCGUGCUGGUCGACCUCAGUUUGAGGACACUGGUAUCGGCUUCAUUUGCACGACCCAUGACAAGCUCCAGCAUUACUUGGGCGCCGUCACCCAGCAACAACCCAUCGAGUCCAACUUCUCCAAGAGACUGGUGGAUAACCUCAACGCAGAGAUCUCACUGGGUACGGUCACUUCAGUCCAAGAAGGUGUCGCCUGGCUUGGCUACUCCUACCUGUUCGUCCGCAUGCAACGGAAUCCUCCUAGCUACGGCAUCGACUGGAUGGAGAUCAGCGACGACCCGCUUCUGGUCAGGCGUCGGACGAAGCUGAUCACCGAUGCUGCUCGCGUUCUUCAGCAGAGCCAGAUGAUCAUUUUUAACGAGUCAACUGGGGAGUUGAAAGCGAAGGAUGUUGGUCGUAUUGCCAGCCAAUAUUACAUUCUCCAGACCAGCGUCGAGAUAUUCAACACCAUGAUGCGAGCGCAGGCAUCCGAGGCAGAUGUGCUCAAGAUGAUUAGUAUGAGCGGCGAAUUCGACAACAUCCAAUCCAGAGAUUCCGAGGAAAAAGAACUCUUACGUCUGAAGGAGGACGAGAACAUCACUCCUUGCGAUAUUGCAGGUGGCAUUGGAACGCCUCAUUCGAAGACCAAUGUUCUUCUCCAAAGCUACAUUUCGAAGGCACGCCUGGAAGAUUACACUCUUCAGUCUGAUACACACUAUGUCGCGCAGAACGCUACUCGUAUCUGCAGGGCUCUGUUCAUGAUUGCGUUGAACAGACGUUGGGGCCACCAGUGCCUGGUCUUGCUGUCGCUGUGCAAGUCUAUCGAAAGACAGGUCUGGCCGUUUGAGCAUCCGUUUCAUCAGUUCGACCUCCCACGACCUGUUUUGAGAAACUUGGAUGAGAAAGGCUCCAUGUCCUCCAUCGAGGCACUUCGAGACUUGGAACCAGCCGAGAUCGGUCAACUCGUUCACAACACCAAAAUGGGCCAUACCGUUAGCAAGCUCCUCGACAACUUCCCGACCUUGAGCGUCGAAGCGGAAAUCGCCCCCUUGAACCGUGACGUUCUGAGGAUUCGUCUGUAUCUGACACCAGAGUUCCGUUGGAACGAUCGCCACCAUGGCGCGUCGGAGUCUUACUGGAUCUGGGUUGAAAACUCGGAAACCUCGGAAAUCUACCACCACGAGUACUUCAUCCUUUCCCGCAGGAAGCUUUACGAUGAUCACGAGCUCAACUUCACCAUCCCACUCACCGACCCACUUCCCUCGCAAAUCUAUGUUCGUGCGGUCUCGGAUAGAUGGCUUGGUGCUGAGACUGUCACUCCGGUCUCUUUCCAGCAUCUUAUCCGGCCUGAUACUGAGAGCGUAUACACGGACCUUCUUAACCUCCAGCCGUUGCCGAUUUCUGCCCUCAAGAACCCGCUCUUGGAAGAGAUAUACGGACAGCGCUUCCAGUACUUCAACCCCAUGCAAACACAGCUGUUCCACUGUCUCUACCAUACAUCGGAGAAUGUUCUUCUUGGUUCACCCACUGGAAGUGGCAAGACAGUUGCAUGCGAGCUGGCCAUGUGGUGGGCUUUCAGAGAGAAUCCUGGCUCCAAGGUCGUUUACAUUGCCCCAAUGAAGGCACUGGUUCGUGAGCGAGUUCAGGACUGGGGCAAACGCUUGACCACUCAAAUGGGUCUCAAGCUGGUUGAGUUGACUGGUGACAACACACCCGAUACUCGCUCCAUCAGAGACGCUGACAUCAUCAUCACCACCCCCGAGAAAUGGGAUGGUAUCAGUCGUAGCUGGCAGACUCGUGACUAUGUUCGCAAAGUCAGUCUGGUCAUCAUCGACGAGAUCCACCUGCUUGGUGGUGACCGUGGACCUAUCCUGGAAAUCAUCGUUUCCCGUAUGAACUACAUUGCCUCCCAAAAGAAGGGUUCGGUUCGUCUAAUGGGCAUGUCAACUGCCUGUGCCAACGCUACGGAUCUAGGGAACUGGCUCGGUGUCAAGGCAGGCCUGUUCAACUUCCGCCACUCAGUGCGUCCAGUGCCGCUUGAAAUCUACAUUGACGGCUUUCCGGAACAGAGAGGGUUCUGCCCUCUGAUGCAGUCCAUGAAUCGGCCUACUUUCCUGGCCAUCAAGACCCACUCUCCCGAUAAGCCUGUCAUUGUGUUUGUGGCUUCUCGUCGCCAAACCCGUCUGACUGCGAGGGACCUCAUCAACUACUGUGGCAUGGAAGACAAUCCCAGACGCUUUGUCAAGAUGUCCGAGGAUGAUUUGGCUUUGAACCUCGCCCGCGUCAAGGACGAGUCCUUGCGCGAGGCGCUCAGCUUUGGGAUCGGUCUCCAUCAUGCUGGUCUCGUCGAGUCUGACCGUCAGCUUGCGGAAGAGCUCUUCGCGAACAACAAGAUUCAGAUUCUGGUGGCUACUAGCACUCUUGCCUGGGGUGUUAACUUGCCAGCGCAUCUAGUCGUCGUCAAGGGCACGCAGUACUUCGACGCCAAGAUCGAAGCAUAUCGGGACAUGGAUUUGACAGAUGUGCUCCAGAUGCUUGGCCGUGCUGGUCGUCCGCAGUUCGACACGCAAGGUAUAGCUCGCAUCUUCACACAAGAUUCAAAGAAGGAUUUCUACAAGCAUUUCCUUCACACCGGGUUUCCUGUAGAGUCCACCCUCCACAAAGUUGUGGACAACCAUUUGGGCGCCGAGAUUUCCGCAGAGACCAUUGCCACGAAGCAAGAUGCGCUCGAUUACCUCACCUGGACGUUCUUCUUCCGUCGUCUGCACAAGAACCCAUCCUACUACGGCCUCGAAAUCUCGGCCGAGGAGCACAAUACGACAGCAGCGCAGCAACUUGCGAACGACUACAUGGUCGACCUCGUGGACAAGUCCGUGUCCGAGUUGGCUGAAUCGGGCUGCGCCACGCUCCAUUCCAACGGCGACAUCGACCCGACGCCGCUCGGCAAGAUCAUGUCGUACUACUACCUCUCACACAAGACGAUCCGGCACCUGAUCAAGCACGCCAAGCCCAACGCCAGUUUCGCCGACGUGCUCGCGUGGAUGAGCAGCGCGACCGAGUACGACGAGCUGCCGGUGCGGCACAAUGAGGAGCUCAUCAACGCCGAGCUCAACGCGGCGCUGCCGCUCAAGAUCGACGAGGCCUUCGGACACCUGCCGCUAUGGGACCCACACACGAAGGCCUUCCUGCUGCUGCAGGCGCACUUUGCGCAGCUCGACCUGCCCAUCUCCGACUACGUAGGCGACCAGACGUCGGUGCUCGACCAGGCGAUCCGCAUCAUCCAGGCGUCGAUCGACGUGCUGGCGGAGCUGGGCCUGGCCAGCAGCGCGCUGAUGAUGAUGACGCUGCUGCAGUGCGUCAAGAGCGCGCGCUGGCCCGACGACGGGCCGCUCGCCAUCCUGCCCGGCGUCAACGUCGCGGCGGAGCGCGAGCGCGUCAACAACAAUGCAGAAAACGCCGCACCACCGAGGCCCAGGAACCUCGUCGACGCCGUCUCCUCCGGCCCCCGCUUCGCCGUCGUCGAACAAGCCCUCAAGGACGUCGGCGUCGCGGCAGCAGCCGCCUUGCCCCGCGCCCUCAAACCCCUCGCCGCCCUUCCCGACCUCGUCGUCGCCGUCCCCGCCGUCAACGCCCUCGGCCUGACCGUCACGCUGUCGCGCAGGAACAGCCCGGCGAAUCGCGAGCACCGCAUGUAUGCGCCGCGCUUCCCCAAGCCGCAGACGGAGGGCUUCUUCGUCGUCGUGUGCGAGAGGGGGAGCGAUGAGGUGGUGGCGUUGAAGAGGGUCGGGUGGGCUUCGAACUCUGGUUCUUCGCCCUUUUCUUCUUCUGGUGGGCAGGGGAGAGGGAGAGGGAGAGGCAGGGGUCGGGGUGCGGGUGUGGGUGCGGCUGUAGGGGGGAGUGGUGGUGGUGGCGGUGGUGGCGGUGCCAGCAAGCCGAGCGCGAGGGUGCAGAUCAAGCUCCCGGAGAGCGAUAGGGAGAGGGUGGUGGAUGUGAGGGUUGUGAGCGAUGGUUAUAUCGGGAUGGUGUGGGAGGUGGAAGGUGUGGAAGUGCCGCGGCCGCCGAUGGUGGAGGCAGAUGACGGGAAGAAGAAGAAGAAGGGGAAUGGUGAGGAUGAGUGA